AUGAGUACAAUUUGUAAACCAAUUAGAAAAAUUUCCUUCAACAAAAAUAAAGCUCUGGCCGAUACCGAGAAGUCAAAGAGAAAAGAGAAAAGAGAAAAGAGAAAAAAUUAUUCACCAUUGAUCAACAACCACCACAAGCAUCUAUUCACAACCAUGUCAGCGUACAAACAAGCAGGUAUUUCAUUAAACAAGGCAUUUGCUAUUGCGGCACAAACUUUGAGAAACUCAUUGAAGCCAGAAUUUAAAGCUGCUGCCGAAAGAAGAGGUGUUGUUGAAGCUAAAGUUGCCGUUUACGAAAAUGGAAAAGCUGGUGAACCAAGAGAAUUGAAACCAAUUGACAAAUAA